AUGUUUUGGUUGAUUAUAUUUAUCACAUGGUCAAUAUUCCUAUGGGAUUUUUAUCUUUCUGUGCGGCAGUAUCGUGUUCAUCGUGAUACAGUGAAACGACCAGAUGAAGUAAGCGAAAUUAUGAGCGAAGAAGAAUAUCGAAAAGCUCGGAUAUACAGACUUGAUAAGCAUCGCUACUCUUUCGUGUACUCUAUAUACUUGCAGUUAGAGUUAAUGGCUAUCCUAAUGUUCUGCUUACCUCAGAUUUUAUGGAACAAAAGUGGAGCUUUCAAUCUCAGAUUUGGGUUUACGAGCGAAAUUGCUCAGACAAUAACCUUCAUAUCAUUAGUAUCAGUUAUUGAAUGUCUAACAAGUAUGCCAUGGCAGCUUUACGAUACAUUCGUAAUCGAGGAGAAACACGGGUUCAAUAAGCAGACGCUGGGUUUUUUCCUGAAAGAUAAAACUAAAAAGACGAUAGUAUCACUAUUCAUGAUGGCACCAAUAGUAUCUGCAGUUGUGUAUAUUGUGGAACGUGGAGGACCGUAUUUCUUCUUUUAUAUUUGGAUCUUUCUCUCACUUGUUAUUUUUCUGUUGAUGACGGUUUAUCCCGAAUUCAUAGCUCCAUUAUUCGACAAAUAUGUUCCACUUCCUGAAAGCGAACUGAAACAAAAAAUCGAGAAACUUGCUGAAAGUCUAAAUUUUCCAUUGAAGAAACUACUCGUUGUCUAUGGUUCAAAACGAUCAGCACACAGCAACGCCUAUUUGUAUGGUUUCUGGAAUAAUAAACGUAUUGUGUUGUACGACACGUUAUUUGCUGAAGAAAUGAGAGCAAAACUAAAAGAGAUAAAAAAUGAGGAAAAAAGCUCAGAUGAGAAGGACGACGAAGGAAUAAAGGAGCACAAAUUAGGUAUGCAAGACAAUGAAGUUGUGGCCGUCCUUGGCCAUGAACUUGGACAUUGGGCUCAAUGGCAUACAACUAUCCAGCUCUUUCUUAUUGAGAUAAAUUUGUUGCUGCUACUUGCCAUAUUUGCAAAGUUCUACCGCGCCACUUCACUUUUCCACGCAUUUGGUUUCUAUGACUCGAAACCAACGAUUAUUGGAUUCAUGAUCGUUUUCCAGUAUAUCACCGCUCCAUACAAUGAAUUGUUCUCGUUUCUUUCGACGAUAAUGUCGAGACGAUUGGAAUUUGCGGCUGAUCGUUUCUCAGAAAAACUUGGUUAUGGACACGAGUUGGGUAGCGCACUAAUCAAACUUGGCAAGGAUAACUUGGUUUUGCCGGUAAACGACCCGUUGUACUCGAUGUUCAAUCAUUCACACCCAUCGGUAUUAGAACGGAUUACAGCCCUUAAAAAAGUUAAAUGA